CAAAACUAAAAAAAUAAAAAAAUAAAAAAGUUAGCCCAAAACAGAACGGCUAAAACGUCGAGAAAUGCUAAGCAAAUCAGUGGCAUCUGCAGUUUCUACAACUCUCUUGGGCCACCCCGGAAGAGCCGCCUACCUUGGUCUGAAAAGGGUUUCGUUUGCUUGUUCAAAUGAUUUAGUUUUUACAUGGAAAAAUAGCUUUUUUAAUAAUAGUAAUCAAAAGUUCAGCUUGAAGUCUAGAAAGAGUUCGAGGAUGGAGAGCAAUUUGGUGACAAAAGUUUCAGCUUCGGCUCAACCUUUAAAGAACGCUGAUGAACUCAUGGACUCUGUUGAGACUUUUAUUUUUGACUGUGAUGGAGUAAUCUGGAAAGGUGAUAAAUUAAUAGAUGGAGUCCCAGAAACCCUUGAUAUGCUCCGGGCCAAGGGCAAGAGAUUAGUUUUCAUUACCAACAACUCAACAAAGUCUAGGAAACAGUAUGGUAAAAAAUUUGAGACACUUGGUCUGAGUGUUAGCGAGGAGGAAAUAUUUGCAUCAUCUUUCGCAGCUGCUGCUUACUUGAAGUCAAUUGAUUUCCCAAAAGAUAAAAAGGUAUAUGUGAUUGGAGAGGAUGGCAUCUUGAAGGAGCUUGAGCUAGCAGGAUAUCAAUAUCUUGGUGGACCUGAGGAUGGUGCCAAAAAAAUUGAGUUAAAGCCUGGUUUCCUUUUGGAGCAUGAUAAAGAUGUAGGAGCCGUGGUGGUUGGAUUUGACCGUUAUUUCAACUACUACAAGAUUCAGUACGGAACACUCUGUGUGCGUGAAAAUCCGGGCUGUCUAUUCAUUGCUACAAAUCGUGAUGCUGUGACUCAUCUCACAGAUGCUCAGGAAUGGGCAGGUGGUGGGUCUAUGGUCGGCGCCAUUGCUGGUUCUUGUCAACGUGAGCCACUCGUCGUUGGAAAGCCCUCAACCUUUAUGAUGGACUACUUGGCAAAUAAAUUUGGCAUUUCCAAGUCACAAAUAUGCAUGGUUGGGGACAGAUUGGAUACAGAUAUUCUGUUCGGACAGAAUGGUGGCUGCAAAACCCUUCUUGUUCUCUCCGGUGUGACCUCAUUGUCAAUGCUUCAAAGCCCCAGCAACUCGAUACAGCCGGAUUUCUACACCAACAAGAUUUCGGAUUUUCUUUCUCUCAAAGCUGCAGCAGUAUGAUCAUGAAUGUACUCAACGGGCAACUUUGUUUUAGUCAUUUUCUCAUCGUGUAACUCAUCAUUCAUAAAUUUAGAUAUGCAGUUGAUAGUCUGCAUAAUCAAUCACAAAUCAAUUCAUUUUCUGUGAAGAAAUGUAUUAGUACUUGUUAACCUUU